GUUGACCAUUUCAAGAAAGAAGUAACUCCACUCUAAAAAGUGAAACUGGCCUUGGGGAGGAUGCAUCGAUUGCAUCAUCGAGACUGCUGAGAGAUAGCGCCAUGAAGUAUCCAUCAUUUAAAGCUCAGCAUGGAAAACGUUUAUACGAGAUGCAGUUAGGUGUCAGUCUGUGCUGCGUGAGGCAUGUCGGCUGCCGGUCUUUCGGGCGCUUUCCUGCACAGGAGCGCCGACCUGCAUAUGCUUCCAAGAUCUGAGGAGGACGACGAUGAUGGCCGAAGGCAGAAGAGGCGAGAGAAGAACAGGGCAGCGGCACAGAGAAGUCGCAAGAAACAGACACAGCGAGCUGACAGGCUGCACGAGGAGUAUAAAUGUCUGGAGCAGGAGAACCUCUCGCUGAUGAAGGAGGUGCAGACUCUCUCGGAGGAGCAGAGGCGUCUGACAGAGGCUCUGAAAGCGCACGAACCCCUCUGUCUCAUCAUGCACUGCUCUGCUGGCCUGAUGUCACAUGCGAGGCUGGAGCUCCUCGCUGGGGGUCUCCCCAGGUAGAACGGCAGUCAUGGUCAGGGCGAACUCAAGCGCUUCUCACACCUUAUGUGCAGGUCAGGAAUCGACAAGCCCUGGACUCAGUCCCUAGGCAAACCGUCGGAGAUUGGGAAGAACUCCCAAAGGCUGAAGGAGCAUGUCGUUUUCCAGUGGGACGUGCUACGUUUGGGCUGAGCUGUGUUCACUGGAAGCAACUUCUUUGCCUCUUGCAUCCAUCUGUACAUCCUCAUCUGUCCUUAUGGUCUUGUGAUUCAUGACAUGUGCAGACCCACCUGAUGUCCAGUUUUAUUAUCUUUAUCCAUAAUUAUCUGUAUGUACAGAUGCUCCUCUACUUACGAAAUUUCAACUUACGAACUUUCAGACAUACGAACGAAAAGGACUGUAAAUCCAAAUUGUGUUCCUUGGGCUAAUUUUCUCUAAUUCCACCUAGUACGACUUCUGGCCGCUACUCCCGCAUAGCAUGAGUACUCCCAGCAUCCUAGUUCUUUGUACUUGCGUAUACCCUUAAAUGAUGUUGAAUAAUGACUUACGAACAUUUCAAGUUACGAACAGCUUUUCGAAACGUAAUUCAUUCGUAAGUAGAGGAGCGUUUCUGUUAGUGAAUGUUAUAAUCUGCAUUACUUGAAUGUAACACGACACCUUUUGUGGAGUAAGCUGUUCUGUACUUUUUAUGGGAGUUUUUCUCUUUUAUAUAACAAAUAAAAUAAUCGGUGGCUUCGUUGGAA